AUGCUUCGCAAUCUAUGUAACCCCACAUUUGAAUUUCUUCACAAAUCACACCACACGCAGAAGCAUCGGAGAUUUGCAGAGGAGAAGACGGUGAUAAGCAUGGGUGCAGUGAACCUCUUGAACGCCAUGGAAGUCUCGGAUGAAGUUCUCAAUGGGUGUGACAUUGAGGUGGUUCGUUCUUCACUCGCUGUCGAUCACACCCUUCCUUUGCCGGAGAUGAAACCUCAACUCGUAGAACUUUGCAAGGAUCUUUUCAAGCAGUGGUCAAAUUUGGAUGAAUCACACUUCUCUACUGAGAAAGUUUCUGGUGGCAUUACAAAUCUUUUACUUAAGGUAUCUGUAAAAGAAGAAAAUGGGAAUUGGGUGCAUGUAACAGUUAGAUUAUAUGGUCCAAAUACUGAAUACGUUAUCGAUCGUGAAAGAGAACUACAGGCUCUUCAUCACCUCUCAGCUGCUGGAUUUGGUCCCAAAUUAUUAGGAGUAUUUGAAAAUGGAAUGGUGCAAUCCUUUAUACAUGCUCGUACUCUAGAAACAAAAGAUAUGAGAAAUCCAAAGUUGGCAGGUGAAAUUGCAAAACAACUUAAUAGUUUCCAUCAAGUAAAAGUUCCAGGAUCCAAGGAACCCCAGCUGUGGAAUGACAUUUUAAAAUUUUAUAAAAAAGCAUCCAAGCUUACUUUCGAUGAUUGUGAAAAGCAGAAAAAAUACGCACAAAUUUCAUUUAAAGAAGUUGAAGCCGAGAUUCUUGAACUCAAGGAAUUGACAGGUCAUCUUAAAUCCCCCGUGGUGUUUGCUCAUAACGAUUUGCUUUCUGGGAAUCUUAUGUAUAAUGAUAAUGAAGAGAAACUAUACUUCAUUGAUUUUGAAUAUGGAUCUUAUAGUUAUAGAGGCUUUGACAUUGGAAAUCACUUCAAUGAAUAUGCUGGAUACGAAUGUGACUACACCUUGUACCCAAAUAAGGAUGAACAAUAUCAUUUUUUCAAACACUACUUAAACCCUGAAAAACCAAAUGAGGUUUCGGAUAAUGAUGUGGAAACACUCUAUGUGGAAACUAGCCUUUAUAUGUUGGCUUCUCACUUGUAUUGGGCUUUAUGGGCUUUGAUCCAGGCGAAAAUGUCACCGAUUGAAUUUGAUUAUCUUGGUUAUUUCUUUAAGAGAUAUAAUGAAUACAAGAGGCAAAAGGACGUGUGUUUUUCUCUAGCAAAGUCUUACAAUUACAAAUCUUGAUAUGAGACAUCCAUGUAAAUGUGGGCUUUUGGAAAAAAGGGAGUUUUUUUUUAGCUUCUAAAUAUUAAAAACUUGAUGGACACCUCGAAAUUCUUUAGGAUUUAGAAGAAAUCAACGGUUAAUAAAACAUGGAAAAUAGUGUAAACUUCAUUUGUAAUCAUGAAAUCUAUAUGUGAUCGAUAAAAUAUGUUGG